AUGACACAUUGGUUGACGUUAUUCACGGUUCCUGGAAUUGUCGGCAAAAUGGUUCUGCAUAUGCUCUUCUCAGAAUUUCUGUUCAGGAGCUUGCCACAGAUACACGUCAGCUCAGCACUCGUGCAACUCCCGGGUUGGUCGCCAUUGACGGUGUCCUGUUCGGUUGUUGCUCGAGUUGGUCUUGCGUUGGAUGAAUGGUCGCUGCCACGAGAAUAA